ACCGCUACUGAACAGUGUAUGCUUCAACAGCUACAGGGAGCAAAGGUCACGCAAGAGACGCGUCACGAGCUUUGACAUUCUUGCGGCGGCAGGAAGAAAAGCGCGACCUUCAUGCUCGUUGACACUGCCUGCCCUCAAGAAAUGUCGCAGAGCGCCGAGCACAUUCCGUAAGCAGCCCGUCGGAUGGGGCAAGCACCCGGUACGACGUGCGAAAUUUAAAUUUCAGCGAUGUGGGGAACUGUAACGACAGCCCACUUGACACGUGCCCUUGCGACAUUCGAGCGUUAGUGGUCCCGCUCACAAUAUAAAAGCUCGGCGCUGGAAGCAAGGCACCAGUGCAGAAGCCCGGCCUCGCAUUCUUUGUUUACACUACAGCAAAGCAGCGGACGUUCCAGAGGGUACGACGUUAAGCACAGAGAAAAGUUAAAGAUGUUAUCCAAGCGGGUAAAACUCCUUCUCAUUUGCUUCGUGGCCAAGGCGUGGGCACUCCAGCACCACUCGGCUGGAUACCAGGGCUCCGGCUAUGGUGGCUACGGUGGAGAUGGUGGAUACGGAGGCUACGGCGGCUACAACGCUGCUACGGCCGGCGCACCUUACCAGGGAUACGGCGCUUCCUCCUUUCCACCUCAGCCGUACAGUUUUGGCUACGACACGGCGGACGAGUUCGGCAACCGGCAGUUCCGUAGCGAGCAGGGCGACGCCAACAACGUGAAGACUGGCUCGUAUGGAUACCGCGAUGUGAACGGCCUCUUCCGGCGCGUCAACUACAUCGCCGACGCCAACGGCUUCCGCGCCACAGUGGACACCAACGAGCCGGGCACGGCACCGGGAGCCAGCGCCGACGUCGUGUUCAACGCAUCGCCAGUUGUCCCACCGGUUCCUGGUGGUGCUCAGAACACAUAUGGUGGGGGCGCAGGAGCGCCCGGUUACAACGCUUACGCCGGAUUCGGUGGUGACGGAUAUGGCCCCUCCAGUAGCGCAGCUGGAGCCUUCGGGUACGGCGGCUACGGGCGCAACGCCUACCCACCAAAUGGGCCGGCUUUCAGUGGCCGCGCCUACGGGGGUCAUGCCCCGCAAGGGUACGGUGCGCUUGGUUAUGCUCCAGGUGGAUAUGGGCCAGCUGGCUACGGUGGAUUGGCUGCAGGUCACCAGGGCUUCCGCCGUCGCAGAUAAAUAUGCUGCGCGAUGACUGGAAAGGAGUACGUGCGAGUGACCUUUGGUGUGACUGCAAUUUUUUUAUCCGAGAUCUUUCCAGCUAAAUGAG